AUGCGUUGCUGUUUCCGCAUGCGGCGUGCUCCACCAGUGGCGGGUGCCGAUUGCUGGGCCCGCGGAGACCCUGCCGACACCAAGCCAGCUGGUGGGGAUGAUGGAUGCGAGGGGCUGCUGUGUGGUCGUGCAGCACCUCGCGCUCGUUGGCUGGUGGUUCGCAUGCUGUCGCGUUCAGCGCCAGCUCCAGACGCGCCCUGGCAUCCUCCAGGCAGCAGCCCUUUGCGCAUUCUAGUCAAAUCCAUCAUCCAAGUCCUUUUUGCUGAUCUGGAGCCAUCUGUAACCGUCACCGAGCAAAACCUGGCAGACCGAGUUCGGUAUAUCUUGCGCUCAAAUACAUUUGAUGUCACCGAACUCGAACGGCUACGACGUGGGGCUGUUCCUUCAUCGGAUGAAAAUGCUACGGCUGAGGAUGCGGCGCCACAACUUGCAGAGCAACCGGCAAACGUGGAUGCCGCCGUGAAUACCCCAGUUUUGGUUGAUUCAAACGAUGAUGGAACAGUCACCCAGGAACUGGAACUGGAGUAA